AUUUUUGAUAAGCUGUCACAUGAGAAUAUGAUUCGGCUGACUCUACAGGUACUCAAAUCUGUUAGUUUAAGGAAAAUGAUAGAAAAUAUGUUUAAAGGAAUUUUUUUAUUUACUAGCUUAUUUAAAGCCAUUUAGUAAACUCCAUCCGAUGACAGCCAUAAUUGCAAUCUGACAAAAACAAGAGUUAUAGUGUCCCACAAAACAACGUUAAAAGGGGGAGUGAGUGAGUGAGUGAGUGAGUGAGUGAGUGAGGUAGCUUCUAUCUGUUCUCUGAACCUGUAACAUCCAUGGCUCCUCUGAAUGCAGCUCUCACAUAUUCAUGCCCAGCUCUUGCUCCUGCUCGACAUGCAAGAGAGCAACGAUUUCAGCACCAGUUCUGCAAAACGAAUUCUUUGUCAUCCAAUGAGUUGGGGCCAAGAACAAGUGUUGUUGGUGCCAGGAAAACUCAAGUUAUAAAAGCAGUUCUGCAAGAUAUACAAAUUCCUGAAACCAAGAAUGUUACCAGCUUACGCGGGAAAUUGAAUAAGGUUGUGCUGGCUUACAGUGGUGGCUUAGACACAUCAGUGGUUGUCCCCUGGCUGAGAGAGAACUACGGUUGUGAUGUUGUUUGCUUCACUGCUGAUCUUGGCCAAGGUGCACAAGAAUUGGAAGGUUUAGAAGAGAAGGCCAAAGCUAGUGGAGCCUCCCACUUAGUUGUGAAGGAUUUGAAGGAGGAAUUUGUUAGAGACUAUGUAUUCCCUUGCCUGCGUGCUGGUGCACUUUAUGAGAGGAAAUACUUGCUUGGAACGGCAAUAGCCCGCCCUGUGAUUGCAAAGUCCAUGGUGGAUAUUGCCAAAGAAGUUGGAGCUGAUGCUGUUUCCCAUGGUUGUACAGGGAAAGGAAAUGAUCAGGUUCGGUUUGAGCUCUCUUUCUUUGCUCUGAAUCCCAAGUUAAAUGUUGUGGCUCCAUGGAGGGAGUGGGAUAUUACAGGGAGAGAAGAUGCUAUAGAGUAUGCUAAGAAGCAUAAUGUACCUGUUCCUGUAACCAAGAAAUCCAUAUACAGCAGGGACAGGAACCUUUGGCACAUAACCCAUGAGGGCGGUGUUUUAGAAGACCCAGCAAAUGAACCUAAAAAGGAUAUGUACAUGAUAACUGUAGACCCAGAGGAUGCUCCCAAUGAACCAGAAUACGUGGAAAUCGGGAUAGAGAAUGGUGUUCCUGUAUCGGUGAACGGGAAGAAGCUUUCACCAGGAAACUUGGUUGCCAAGCUGAAUGAGAUCGCUGGAAGGCACGGAAUCGGCCGAGUCGACCUUGUUGAAGACAGAAUUGUAGGCAUGAAGAGCCGUGGAGUUUAUGAAACCCCUGGUGGCACCAUCCUCUUCGAUGCAGUGAGGGACUUGGAGUGCUUAACACUUGACAGAGAAACACUUCAGCUGAAAGACACAUUGGCCCUCAAAUAUGCAGAGUUAGUGUAUGCUGGGAGGUGGUUCGAUCCGCUCCGCGAGUCCUUGGACGCCUUCAUGCAGAAGAUCACCGAAACCACAACAGGCUCAGUGACUUUGAAGCUGUACAAAGGUUCUGCUGCUGUGACUGGUAGGAAGAGCCCUUACAGUCUUUACAGAGAAGACAUUUCUUCAUUUGAUACUGGGGAUUUAUACAAUCAUGCUGAUGCUGUUGGCUUUAUCAAGCUUUAUGGUCUUCCAAUGAGGAUUAGAGCAAUGAUGCAACAAGGCCUCUAGAUGGUGCUUGGUUUCAUUAUGUGCUUUAUUUUAGACUAUGCUUUCCAUGCACUUUGAUUUAUGUUGGUGGGAACCUUUGCUUUUUCAGUGAAUAAAUGUGAAGAUAAGUGGAAUAUUGUUGGGAUGCAAUUCAGAAAUCUGAACAAAACUGUUUUCAUUUAUUGUGUAACUUAUGUGAGCACAAAAUUCAAACAUUUCAACUCAAUAAGUUCAGACUCAAUAUUUAUGUUUGAAGUA